AUGAUGAAAAAUCUAUUAAUAUUUUUACCAGACAGACUUUACGAAGAAAAAGCUGGAUACAUGUUUGGUAAAGUAGUAUAUGAUGAUAGUACAGAAGUUAAAAAAUUUUAUAUCAUUGGAGUAUGUAAAAUAAAUAAUUUUGAAACAAUGAAAUAUGCCAAUAUAAUUGGAUAUUAUUCUGGUACAGAAGAUAAACAAGAACAUAUGGAUAAAAAAUAUUUAGAUUGGCUUUAUAUAUGUUUGAAUCCUAUAUCUUCUAAAAACAAUAUUUACGAUUAUAUUCUAAAAAGUAUUAUUCUAAACAAUAAAGAAAUUUCUAUUUUAGAUUGUCAUAUAGUUAUUAUAAUAUAUGAUCAAUUAGUUUUUAAAGAAACAGAAUUAUUUGAUCAAAGAGCAAUAUAUGGAGAUCACUUUUAUGAGUUAAUGAAAAUUAUACAAGACAAACAAGUUGAAAAAGAAAUACAGAAAAAAGAAAAAUAUAUUUAUAUAAAAGAAAUAAUAUUUGUGUAUCAUAUGUUCUUAUAUUUUUAUCCAGUUCUUUUUCUUAAUAAAAUAACUAAUAAAUUAUUACCAAUCUUAAAAUAUUCUUUUCUUGGCUUACAUGUUAAUGGAUGGUUAGAAAAUGCAAAAUGGAUGUUGAUCACUAUAAUAAAAAACAAAAAGUUCACAUUGAAGACUGGUAACUAUAUUUUUGCAGUGAUAAUAGAUAUGUUGUUAGGAAUUUCUAUAUUACAAUUAUUGUUAUAUUACUUUGAAUAUACUUCUCCUUCUCAGAUACUUUUGAACAAUGCAGAGAAAGUAGUAACCUUCUUAAAAGAUUUAAUUAAUUGGUUAAUGGGUGUACCAGCUGGUUUGAAAUUAAAUCAUGCUUUAAACAAUAUGCUUGGAAAAUUUUUUUUAUAUCAUAUACAUAUGUGGUGGACAUUUUUAAUAUUUAUGAAACCUGUAAUGGAUUUCACAUUUGAAGUAUUAGUACUGUUUGGAAGACUUGGUAUUACAUUUCAAAUAGCAAUAGCAGCUGAUCUUCUAGCACUUGUCAGUUUUCAUGCAUAUUGUAUUUAUGUAUAUGCAGCAAGGCUUUUUAAUAUUCAAUUAAAAGGUAUUACUGCUUUGUUUCGAUUAUUUUUGGGUAAAAAGAAGAAUCCAUUAAGAGAAAGAAUUGAUUCUUGUCAAUAUCAGCCUGAUCAACUUUUUGUAGGAACUUUAUUAUUUACUAUUUUAUUGUUUCUGAUGCCAACAACUUGGGUUUAUUAUGUAGUUUUUACAAUGUUAAGAUUAGCAUUAAUUAGCUUUGGAGGUUUAUUAACAAGAAUGAAAUUUUAUCUUCAAGUUAUGCCUGUAUAUGCUUUUUUUAAAUGGUUGUUCCAUUCUUAUAGUACUUGCGGUACUGUUAAUAUUAAAAUACAUUCACAUAGAACUGAAAGACCAAUAAUAUUAAUAAUGACAUUAGUAAUAGCAUCAUGGAAUUAUACAUGGAGCAAAUGUAUACCAGAUACAAUUAUUUAUCAUCCACCUAUAGAAUGGAAUAAAAUAAUAAAUAAUAUAAUAUGGGAAAUUACAACUGAAAUAAAUAAUAUUGAUAUCUCAGAAUAUGAUAUUAAUCAAAAAAAAGAAAUGAAUAACCAGGCAGUAAAACAUAAAAAACAAAAGGGAAAAAGAAAAAUAUCAAAUACCAUUAAUAAUAAUGAAAUAAUUAAAGAAACAAAAAUAAUUGAAACAGAGGAUAAUUCUAUUAAAAUGAAAGAAAAUCAAGAUGAAGAAGAAAUAAAUAAUAAGAUAAUACCACCAAAGAAGAAAGCAAAUAUACAUGUAAUAAAUGAUGUAAAUAACAUAGAAGAACUUCAUAAAUGUAAUGUAAAAACUUCAAAACAACCUUCUAAGAGACAGAUAAAAAGAGAAAAGGCUGAGAAAAAAGAAAAUGAAAAAAGAAUGGCCAGUAAAACAGAAGCAAUGAAAAAAGGACUUAAUUAUGUUUCAAAAUGGAAGUAUGCAAGAACUGAAUGGAAAUUUGAAAAAUUACGACAAAUUUGGUUAAUUGAGAAUUUGUUAGAUGAAAUUUCUAUACCAAAUGAUAUUUUCCCAACAGUUUUAGAAUAUUUUGAAGGAUGUAAAGGUAUGGCUAGAGAACAACUUUUAAAGAAAGGUAUGGAUGUUAUAAGAAAAGUAGAAGAAAAUGAAGAAAAUAAAAAUAAGGUGGAAUCUGUUGUUUAUCAAAGAGCAAGAAGACUUCUACAAGCUUUGCCUACUGAAACAUAAUUAGUCUAAAGUUGUAUUUAAAAAUUAUCAAUUAUUUGAUAAUUUUUAUUGAAUAUUUUUUUUAUAUAUUAUUCAAUAUUGCUUUUUUAUUAAUGAAAUAGAUAUAUUAAAUUUUUGUAAAUAUUUAAAUAAUUAAAUUUAUUUGACUAUUA